AUGGAAAAAUUGCAGAAACGCCACAGGCAAAUCGUGAGCUGUGAUCGGUGCCGUAAGAGAAAGAUCAAGUGUAUCAGAACAGGCGAUCCUAUUGAUCUCACCGACCUCGGAAAACAACAGCCGUGCGUAACAUGUUUGAAAAUGGGGAAAGUUUGUGAAUAUACAAAGUCGAUAGAAACUAUGGAGAUAUCCAAACUAAGAAAGCAGCACAAGGAGGCAUUGGGGAAAGCUAAAAAGAGUCUGGGGGAAAGACGGCAAAAGACAAAGGUCAAAGGUAUGGCCAAUGGUACGGGUGAGGUACAAACAGAAGCAGAAGCAGAAACACAAGAACUGAAACAACAACAACAACAGCGGGAACAGCAACAACAACAACAACAACAUAUGUCACUAUUACCGAAUAGAGACGAGGGCAAGAAAGAGCUUCCUAGUCUUGAAGAUGUGGUGCUCAUCAGACAGAAAAUAGCAGAGCUAGAAAGGAAGCUAGGACAGACCUCUGCAAAAUCAACAAACUCAAUCAACUCAACAAAUUCUGGAAAUUCAGCAAACUCUGCAAAUUCAGCAAAUUCAGCAAAUUUGGUAGCUACUGCAAGUACUUUUACAUCUCCAUCAACUGCACAAACAAGCCCACAAAAUGCAUCUCAGCUUGUUAUCCCACCAGGAAAAAUCAACUUUAGCUACUGCUUCAAAGAGUGGAAACCAUUACAGCUAAGUCACAGACCAUUUCCAUACAUGUUACUUCUUAGACGAGACGCAGGCGCAAGAAUGAUAUGGUACUACAUUGGUCAAAAGGUCAAAGUUAGAACCAAUAUUUUUGACGACUCCCACCUCUUAGUUAAUUUACCGGAAGCAAGAAUGAAUGAAUUGCGAACAAAAGCAAAAAUUGUCUUUGGCGAUGCCUACAUCCCAGGUACACACGAAACCGAUAUGUUUCAAGAUAUUGCUUCGGUUAAGAAUGUUAUUGGUUUGAAUGAUAAGGCAUUGACCUUUUCACCUCCUGGGGUUGAUUACAAUGACCCUAUUUCGUCGUAUUUUAGCUUGAUACCUCCAGCAUGGGUCAAUAAAGAAUUGCUCAAUAUUUUUUUCAAAACGAUUUACCCAAGUAUUCCCAUCAUUGAUGAAUUAGAAUUUAGAUCUACUUUGAAUAGGAUAUUGGGUCCCGAAAUCAACGAUAAUUACAUGAAUACCUACCCUAAUAUCGGCACAUCAAACGACUUGGCCAUCUUGGCAACGCAUUUAAUCAUAUUGAGACUAGCUUAUUUAUCACUCUUGGAUAUUAAUGGUCAAGGCACUUCGCACUUGCUAAACUACCCUGUAUCUUUCGAUACAUAUAGAGCAGCAGACACAAUUAUGAAAGAGUUUGAUUUUACCAAAAGACAAACAAUGACUAUUCUACAAGCUGGAUUGAUGAUUCGAAUGUAUCUAAUGUUUUCACCAGAAAAUGUAGUUACUGGGGCUGCAACACAGAUUACCAUGGGUGCCAUUAUCCAAUUAUGUUAUUCGAUUGGACUCAAUAGGGACCCUGAAUGCUUUAAUAACAAGACCCCCAAAGCACUUAAUUUGAAACGCAAAAUAUGGCAUUUCGUUAUGCGUAUGGAUGUUCUCAACUCUUUGGUGUUCAACACAACCUUAUCAACUGAUUUGGAUAUUGCUGAUUGUGAACUACCCGAGUUUUCUCCAGAAGCAGCCAAUUGCGUUGAUCUCAAGAUUGAAGGUGAAAUCAUUGCUAGUUUCCACAGGUAUCAUCGUUUAUUCUUGCACAGUCGAAAAUUGGCCAGUAUGCAUCUAAAAGUUAGUGAAGAUUUACGAGUCGAUGACUUGGUUCAAGUGUUGUCAGACCUUGAAAGCGAAACACAAAAGACUUUGGGAAUCCCUAGCGCACUUUUUAAUCAAUCUGGUAAUGGAUUUCUACCUUUGCUCAACCUUCGCAUCUUCAUUUAUAUCGAAUUAAUGCUUGCAUAUACUUACUUUACAUUGUAUCUAUAUUACGAAGCACUCGGCAUGACAACUAUGCAAACCAUGUAUUUCAGAAAAACUAUCUACAUUCUUACCGAGGAUCUUUGGGAGUUGAACUCGUACAUUUUCAAAAGCCCUAAUCGAAAUGCCGAGGUGUUGAAUUUGACACCAUUGACUGAAGUUUUUUUACAUUUAAGUGUCAUCAUAUUGAAUUGCGUAAGGAUGAGACUAUUCUGUAACAUGGCCGUCAUGGAGAAAAACAAAGCGGAUUUAGAGAUGGCUGGAAAGGGAAAACACAGCACAGGGGUCAAAACUGGAGCAGAGACACAUGAUAAUAAUCUUGAUGAUCAUGAGUUUAACAUUGCUAUAUUGAAAAAGUUGGAUAACCAAUUGAAAAUAUGCACCAACUCACAAGUGAGAUUGAUUGGUAACAUUGCAACUCGAUACAGAUAUUCUGUUAUGUUGCGACGAAUCCAUCUCAUAGUAUUGAAGCUAUGCGAUAUGGGUUUUCUGGAGGUAACGGGCCAUAAUUUUGCAAUGAUUAGCGGUGCAGUGAUGACUUUGCCCUACGAAGUGUUGGGAAGAUUUAGCCAGGUACUCGAGUCUCGAAUGUUUUCUCCCGAAAUGCAAUGCGAAAGCCUAUUUGAUGCCACUGAUGAGGAUUUGAUCAUGGAGUUGCAAAGAGAACAUCUAUGGAAUCAAUUAAAGAGGAUACAGACUGAGGAAAUGCUAACGAGUUCGUGGAUUGAUAAGACCAAGAGGUAUAAUAAGCAUGCUGAUGAUUUCGAUAUCAAUGUUUUCAAUUUCAAUCUUGACUUUUUGAACACCAAUGAAUUAUUUUCGAAUUAA